CUACAGCUGAACCUUAUAUCCUGGUUUGGUUCCUGAUGACUUUCAAAUUCUCCUGACCCAAACGCAAGCUCAGAAGCACAAGCACAUUGUUGGUGGCAGUACAGACUGAAACACCCUCUUUGGAUGGCAGUUCCUCUCACAGGACUUUAUUCUCCAGCUGCAGGAGCCAGACGUGUGGAGUCCCAGCAGAGGCCAACCUGUGUCUCUUCAUCUCCCUGGGAAAGGUGCCCCCGAGGUGAAAGAGAUGGCCUGGUGGAAAGCCUGGAUUGAACAGGAGGGUGUCACAGUGAAGAGCAGCUCCCACUUCAACCCAGACCCUGAUGCAGAGACCCUCUACAAAGCCAUGAAGGGGAUCGGGACCAACGAGCAGGCUAUCAUCGAUGUGCUCACCAAGAGAAGCAACACGCAGCGGCAGCAGAUCGCCAAGUCCUUCAAGGCUCAGUUCGGCAAGGACCUCACUGAGACCUUGAAGUCAGAGCUCAGUGGCAAGUUUGAGAGGCUCAUUGUGGCCCUUAUGUACCCGCCAUACAGAUACGAAGCCAAGGAGCUGCAUGACGCCAUGAAGGGCUUAGGAACCAAGGAGGGUGUCAUCAUUGAGAUCCUGGCCUCUCGGACCAAGAACCAGCUGCGGGAGAUAAUGAAGGCGUAUGAGGAAGACUAUGGGUCCAGCCUGGAGGAGGACAUCCAAGCAGACACAAGUGGCUACCUGGAGAGGAUCCUGGUGUGCCUCCUGCAGGGCAGCAGGGAUGAUGUGAGCAGCUUUGUGGACCCGGGACUGGCCCUCCAAGACGCACAGGAUCUGUAUGCGGCAGGCGAGAAGAUUCGUGGGACUGAUGAGAUGAAAUUCAUCACCAUCCUGUGCACGCGCAGUGCUACUCACCUGCUGAGAGUGUUUGAAGAGUAUGAGAAAAUUGCCAACAAGAGCAUUGAGGACAGCAUCAAGAGUGAGACCCAUGGCUCGCUGGAGGAGGCCAUGCUCACUGUGGUGAAAUGCACCCAAAACCUCCACAGCUACUUUGCAGAGAGACUCUACUAUGCCAUGAAGGGAGCAGGGACGUGUGAUGGGACCCUGAUAAGAAACAUCGUUUCAAGGAGCGAGAUUGACUUAAAUCUUAUCAAGUGUCACUUCAAGAAGAUGUACGGCAAGACCCUCAGCAGCAUGAUCAUGGAAGACACCAGCGGCGACUACAAGAACGCCCUGCUGAGCCUGGUGGGCAGCGACCCCUGAGGCACAGAAGAACAAGAGCAAAGACCAUGAAGCCAGAGUCUCCAGGACUCCUCACUCAACCUCGGCCAUGGACACAGGUUGGGUGUGAGGGGGGUCCCAGCCUUUCAGUCGUCUAUUUCCCUAUUUCCAGUGCUUUCCAGCCGGGUUUCUGACCCAGAGGGUGGAACCGGCCUGGGCUCCUCUUCCCAACUUCCUCCAGGUCAUUUCCCAGUGUGAGCACAAUGCCAACCUUAGUGUUUCUCCAGCCAGACAGAUGCCUCAGCAUGAAGGGCUUGGGGACUUGUGGGUCAUUCCUUCCUCCCUGCAGGAGCUUCCCAAGCUGGUCACAGAGUCUCCUGGGCACAGGUUAUACAGACCCCAGCCCCAUUCCCAUCUACUGAAACAGGGUCUCCACAAGAGGGGCCAGGGAAUAUGGGUUUUUAACAAGCGUCUUAUGAAACACUUCUCUAUCAUGCAGCCAGAGAGCUGGCUGGGAGCCCUUUUGUUUUAGAACACACAUCCUUCAACAGCUGAGAAACGAACACGAAUCCAUCCCAACUGAGAUGCCAUUAACAUUCAUCUAAAAAUGUUAGUCUCUAAAUGGAUGAAAAAUUCUCUCGCCAUCUUAAUAACAAAAUAAACUACAAAUUCCUGACCCAAGGACACUGUGUUAUAAGAGGCGUGGGCUCCCCUGGUGGCUGACCAGGUCAGCUGCCCUGGCCUUGCCACCCCUCUGCAUGCAGCACAGAAGGGUGUGACCAUGCCCUCAGCACCACUGUUGUCCCCACUGAACGGCAACUGAGACUGGGUACCUGGAGAUUCUGAAGUGCCUUUGCUGUGGUUUUCAAAAUAAUAAAGAUUUGUAUUCAACUCAAA